UCACUCACAAACAUACCUGAGACCUACCUCAAAAUGGCUUCUUUUCAAUCUUACACUCUCUUCUCCUUGUACCUCAUCCUCAUCCCAACCUCCUUCAUCACCAUUGACGGAACAUUCUCAGAGCAAUACCUCGAAACCAAGACGAGAAAUGACCAUGUCAGCAAAAUGACACACCUCCAUUUCUACUUCCAUGACACUGUCACCGGCAAAAACCCAACUGCUACGAGAAUUGCCGGACGCAAAAACGCCUUUGGCGCCACAUUGAUCAUGGACGAUCCGCUGACUGAAGGCCUCGAACACGGUUCCAAGCUCGUGGGACGAGCUCAGGGAAUGUAUGCUCUGGCUUCCCAGCAUGAUGCAGGGUUGCUCGUGGUCAUGAAUUUUGCAUUUUUGGAAGGUAAGUUCAAUGGGAGUGGACUUAGCAUUCUUGGCCGGAACAUGGUUUAUGACACGGUGAGGGAAAUGCCGAUCGUCGGAGGAACUGGGCUUUUCCGGUUUGCUCGUGGCUAUGCAUUGGCAAAGACGGUUCAUUUUAAUCUGGAUACUGGAAAUGCUGUUGUUGAAUAUAAUGUGGUUGUGAUGCAUGAUUAAAAAAUUUAUUGUUAUAUUUGGUAGCAACAAAUCUGUCACUUGCAUUUGAAAUCGAAAGGAAUUUAGUUCGUAUUACAUUUUUUUCAUUUUAUUCAUUCGGUACCACAAAACAUAGCAUAUGUGUUUUACUAUGUAACUUGCUCUCCUAAAUUAAUCUUAUAUUUUGAGAUUUUAUUUAA